CCUGGUUGUCAGGGUAAGGUGGAGACAGAACGACCAAAGACAGACUGACUGACUGACAGGGAUAUACAGAGAGAACCCUUGUGCUUUUACUGACCACUGAUUGACCAUUGGCUAGUGGCUACAUCCACAGAAAGGAUACCGUUCUCUGAAUAUUUCGUGGGCUAUCAGCGGAACAGAGUGUGAGCUCCAGAAACCGAACAUGACUGAAAAUGGACUUGGGAACCGGGUGCUUAACAUGGACACCAUGAACCCGAAUGUAAAGCGGGUUGAGUAUGCUGUCCGUGGUCCAAUCGUGCAACGCGCAUUGCAGAUUGAAAAGGAGCUAAAAGAGGGGGUUGAGAAGCCUUUUACAGAGGUCAUCAAGGCCAACAUUGGUGAUGCGCAUGCCAUGGGCCAGAAACCAAUCACAUUUCUCCGACAGGUUGUAGCGCUCUGCGCCUACCCAGAUCUCCUAGAAGACGACAAGUUUCCAGAGGAUGCUAAAAAUAGAGCACGGCGCAUCCUUCAGGCCUGUGGAGGGGGAAGUAUAGGUGCAUACAGUGCUAGUCCAGGCAUUGAGAUCGUACGACAGGAUGUGGCUAAAUACAUUGAGAAGCGGGACGGUGGCAUCCCCAGUAACCCCGACAGCAUCUACCUCUCCACCGGGGCCAGUGAUGCCAUAGUGACCAUGCUAAAGUUGUUGACGUCAGGCGAGGGGAAGAACCGUACAGGGGUGAUGAUCUCCAUCCCUCAGUACCCCCUCUACUCUGCUGCUCUGGCUGAGCUGGCAGCUGUCCAGAUCAGCUACUACCUGGACGAGGACAAGUGCUGGAGCCUGGACGUCGGUGAGCUAAGGAGGGCUGUGAAGGCAGCCAGGGAGCACUGUAAACCCCGCGCCCUCUGCAUUAUCAACCCUGGCAACCCCACAGGUCAGGUCCAGAGCAGGCAGUGCAUUGAAGAUGUGAUCCGAUUUGCUGCUGAGGAGCACCUUUUCCUGAUGGCUGAUGAGGUGUACCAGGAUAAUGUGUACGCAGAGGGUUGCCAGUUCCACUCCUUUAAGAAGGUUCUGUUUGAGAUGGGACCAGAGUACUCCAGUGUUGUGGAGCUGGCCUCCUUCCACUCCACCUCCAAAUGCUUCAUGGGAGAGUGUGGUUUCAGAGGAGGGUACAUGGAGGUGGUUAACAUGGACCCUGAGGUGAAGUUGCAGCUGACUAAGCUGGUGUCUGUGCGGCUGUGCCCCCCCAUCCCUGGGCAGGCCCUACUGGACCUGGUGGUCAAUCCCCCUCAGCCUGACGAGCCUUCCUAUGCCACCUUCAUCAAGGAGCGUACUGCCAACCUGGAUAUCCUGGCUGAGAAGGCCAAGAUGACAGAGCAGGUCCUCAACACGGUCCCAGGGAUCCACUGUAACCCUGUCCAGGGAGCCAUGUACACCUUCCCCCGCCUCUCACUGCCAGAGAAAGCCAUCAACGCGGCAAAGGAGAAAGGCCAGGCUCCAGACAUGUUCUACUGUAUGAAGCUGCUGGAGGAGACUGGUAUCUGCCUGGUUCCAGGUAGCGGCUUCGGGCAGAGAGAUGGAACCUACCAUUUCAGGAUGACCAUCUUACCUGCAACUGAAAAGCUGAAGGUUGUAUUGGAAAAGAUCAGGGAGUUUCAUAAGCGGUUCACAGAGGAGUUCUCAUAACCCCACUCACCUUCAUCUCCCCUUCUCUUCCCAGUCUGGUCUGUAACAAAACCCCACCCCUCUUCCUAGUACGGUCCGAUCUGUAACAAAACCCCACCCCUCUUCCUGGUCCGGUCUGUAACAAAACCCCCCCCUCUUCCCAGUCCGGUCCAGUCUGUAACAAAACCCCACCCCUCUUCCCGGUCUGUAACAAAACCCCACCCCUCUUCCCGGUCUGUAACAAAACCCCACCCCUCUUUCCAGUCCAGUUUGUAACAAAACCCCACCCCUCUUCCCGGUCCAGUCUGUAACAAAACCCCACUCCUCUUCCCGGUCCGGUCCAGUCUGUAACAAAACCCCACCCCUCUUCCCAGUCCGGUCCAGUCUGUAACAAAACCCCACCCCUCUUCCCAGUCCGGUCUGUAACAAAACCCCACCCUUCCUCCUCAGAAACUGGAUGGAGAGAUGGUGAAAAUAUCUAACUGAAAGCGUGCCAGUGCGUUACCAACACACCCCCUGCUCGAGACUCUCCCCUCUAGUGUCCUAGACUUGACAUUAAAAGAGGAGCAAUGUGUUAAGAAACUGCACUUUUUAGCAUGGCAUGCUGUUCUGUUUCAGCUAAUUGUUUAAAUCGUGUGUCAGACAGCAUCUGCACAGUGUACAUAUGUGAUAAUGUUUUAGUCAUUUUCAGUUCAUGACUAUAACUGAUUGUCAGUUGAGGGUUUUACUUAGGCUGUAAAAUAAUUGGCAGAACAUCUAGUUUUACAGGUUAUACAGCUACAUUAUGAUCAGUCGUACUAAUAUCAGUAAAUAGUUGGCAGAGGUGUGCUUUUAUUGCAUUCCAGAGGGAGUGUAAUGGCUGUUGCGUUGAAAAGGAUACUGUGAACUACUGUGUGUACGAUGAACACUCUGAAUGUAGCUACAGUAUUUAAUAACCAUGUUGAUUUUAUCUUGAAUUGUAAAAAUAUAAAUUAAAGUGUAAUUUCUAUGUC